UUUCACAUCCCAUCCGUAUAAAGACAUGUAAACAAAGUAUUUUCACAAUGACCACAAAGCAACUAAAUUUUUCUUCGAACAAAGAAUUGGAGGUAAUUGAGUACCCAGCGAAAGUGGUUGAUGUGAACAAAAUGGUGCAGACGCUAGGCGGGAUAAUUAACAUCUCCCAGUCUUUGGGGUAUGAACAGAAACGUUUAGAGCUUCGUUUUCACCCGAAAAAUCCGUACAACAAAGCUACAGGCGGCGAUGCUGUUCAAAGCGCGGGUUUGCUAAUUUCUGUGAAAGUACGACGCUCCAAGAAGAACCGUAGUUCACCUGCCGAAUAUCGCUUGUGCAUUCUUGGACACUGCAAACGAACUUUUAAUUUUAACAACUUAUGUGACUUUCAGUUCCUGCCUUUGUACAAACAGCCAAAUGAAUCAAACUUAAAGUUUAAUUUAUCAAGCUUGCUUCCUCAAUCCAUCACAGAUACAGACUAUUUUGCACAAACAGAUUUGCCUCUAGUCAGUUUGCCACAAAUUUUUGCACGAGUCAACACUACCAAUUCGACAAUAUUUCGAGGUGAUCAACAAGAUGACGGUCAAAAUGAUGUGCUGGGUGUGAUACAGAAAUCUACAUAUGACAGUUGCGACAUAGUGCCAUUCAGUAUGACAGAUGUUUUUCCGGAACGUCCAGAUUUACAAACUGUUAAACGAAUGCGUAUAAAAUAUGUAUCUGAUGAACAACUCCAGAAAGUGAAAAGUUUAUUUGAGGAAUGCCCAAUUUGGACACGUAUAGGACUGCUCUACGAAUCUGGCGUAUCUCUUGAAAAACUAAAAUGCAUAGUACCAUCCUUGUCUUAUUACUUUUCGACUGGACCAUGGCGUACACUAUACGUGCGUUAUGGUUAUGAUCCGCGUAAAGAUUUCAAGAGUCGUUAUUACCAAACAUUUGACUAUCGACUACGAUUCCGUUCUGGUAUGUCCGAAUUCGUGGCAAACAGGAAGGAUCAACUGAAAAAGCAAAAUGAGAGUCCAUACGAACUUAGCGAAUUGGUGCAAGAUAUAAAUUAUCCCUACUUCGAAGAAAACAAGUUACCACGCUCUCGGCAUUGUAUUUUAAGAUAUUGUGAUUUACAUAUGCCGAAAAUUCAAGAGAUGAUCGAGAAGAUACCUUCACCGCGCACUGGUGCAAUAUGUAAUGAGAAAACGGGCUGGCUACCAGCAGGCUUUGACAUGCAAGUUCGUCAGAUAAUGAGUAAUUGCAUUAAAGAAUUAUUACGAAAUCAUUAUCGCAAAGGUCAGAUACAUGCUGAACUGGACUCAGUAGAUAAUGCGGAGGAUGCAGAUGCAGAGGGCGACGUAACAUUUGAUGAGGACACUAGCGAUCUUUGUAGAGAAAUUUUCGACGAGUAAAUCUUAUUUUGCGUAUUUUUAUUAAAUGCAAAUAAAUGAAUGCGUUUAAGCAUAUUGUUUAAUCAAAUGCAA